CGCCGCGUGGCCAAUCCAAACGCCUUGCGCGCGCUGAGCUGACCUGUCAUGGGUUUGGUGAUAGAAAAAAAAGAAAUACGUAGAAAAAUAACAACAUAACCUUGCACUACACAAUGGCAUCGUUUGUCGCCGAAGUCCUCGCCAGCUCUGGAAAACUAGAGAAAGAGGACCUGUCCGGUAAAAUCAACAAAAUGUCGCGCAAGAUAGAGGAUACGAAGGUGGAAAUAUGUGGUAUGUUAAACAGUCGAUAUAGUGACUUCCUGCCAAGUCUACAUGCGUCUGAGGACCUAAUGGUGCAGGUUGACGAUGUCUCCAAAGAGAUGGACACCCUCAAAAGAUUUAUUGAGACAGAGGUUCAACAAAAUCUCCAUGCAUCUGUGGCUGAGUAUACCAAGUUGAAGCAGCAGCUGGAGAAAAACACAAUCAUCAUCACCAUGCUAGGACACCUGAAAUACUUUGACAACGCGAUGGAGGAAUUCAACAAAGGCCUUCAGAAGAAGCAGUAUGUUGACGCUGCUCUCCAGCUGCAAAGGGCGAAGACGAGCGUGGAGUCUCUCAAAAGCUGGAAGGCGACGGAGCUCUCGCUGAUUAGCGCGCUCAGCUCAGAGUUGACAGUGCAGAGGGAAAACCUGGUGUAUCAUCUCGGGGAUGAAUGGAAGCGCCUCGUCAUCUGGAACUUGCCCCCCUUAAAGGACCCCGCAGGCGUGGACUUCUUCCCGAAGGUGGAGCUGUGCUUAUGCCUUCCUUGCGAGGAGGACGAGCGACCGGAACCGCCUGCUGUGCUGCGAGCGUUGGCCAUCCAGGGAGACCUUCAGCACAAGAUCAAACUCUUCACGCUGCCGUUCUGCCUUCCAGGUCAGGUGCUUUUGAAGAAUAUGUUGAAGCCGGCGGUGCUGCACCCGUCCCUGUCGAUGUUGGUGUCCGAGCAGCGGGGAAAGGGCAUCGUCCUGUCCUUCGAGCGACUGCAGGAGUCUCACGAGGAGCGCAGCACUCCAUCGCAGGUCUACUGCAAGUUGCUCCUGGUGCUCAGGACCCUUUACUCCAACCUACUCAACGUGACGAUAGGUGAUCAGAAGCUGUCGACUAUCUUGGGGAAGCUGAUUUGGGAGGAGCUUUCGCGCUGCAUCAUCCACGAGUGCCUGCUCUACUCCAUCCCUACCGACAGCAGCCAGCUGGAAAAAUACAACAUUCAGGUUAUCAAGGAGACGGAGGAGUUUGAGAAGGCUCUGAAGGAGAUGGAGUUUCUGCGGGAUGAGUCGACAGAUCUGCUCAAAUAUGCCAGAGACGUCAACUGCCACUUUGCCAGCAAGAAGUGCAAGGAUGUCAUGGUGGCAGCACGUCAACUCAUGACGGCCAAAAUGCACAACACCGUCAAGAUCACGGCAGAGUCCGAGCUACGUCUCGCUGAGCUGCCCGUUCCAGACUCGUUGCCGCAAGUGAAGAGGGAAGCCCCGAGCGAGGAGGGCGCCAGCACUCUGGAGAACGCUGGUCGGCUGUCAGUGCGCCUGCCGCCAUGUUGCAUCAGCGAGUCGGUGCAGCAGCUGAUGCUGCUGGCUGUUGACACGCUGGGCGAGGCUGUUGGAAGCUCCACGCAAUGCGCAUCCCAACUUUUCUUCACUGUCCGAAACAUCUUCCAGCUCUUCCAUGAUGUUGUGCCCACAUAUCACAAGGAGAACCUUCUCAAGUUCCCUCACCUGGCCGCCAUCCAGCACAACAACUGCAUGUACCUGGCCCACCACCUCCUCACCCUGGGUCACCAUUUUAGACCGCACUUGCCGCAGCCCCUCAGCCAGGGCGUAACCACCUUUGUCGACAUGGUGCCAGCAUUUAGGAAAUUAGGCGCUCAGUGCUUUCUUACGCAGCUGAACAUCCAGAGGGCAGAGCUGCUGGAGCGGCUCUCCACCGCUCGAAACUUCUGCAACCUGGAUGACGCCGACAACUACGCGGCAGCCAGCAAGGCUGUGAGGCAGGUGAUCCAUCAGCUAAAGCAACUGGGGACGGUGUGGCAGGAUGUCCUUCCGGUCGGCAUCUACUGCAAAGCCAUGGGCAACCUCCUCAACACCACCGUCGCGGAAAUGAUUGCCAAGAUCAUGAUGCUGGAGGAUAUCUCUUCAAAGGACGGUGAGCAUUUGCACAUCCUGUGCCAGAUGGUCAUCAAGGAGGGCCCGUUGGUCUUUGCACCACUGACUGACGAGCACAAGAACAAGAAAUAUCAUGAGGAGGUCCCCCUUUAUGCGAAAAAGUGGAGCGCCUUCAAGGAGCUGGUCGUUGUACUGUGUGCCAACCUCCAGGAGAUUGUCGACAGGUGGGCAGACGCUAAAGGCCCUUUGGCAUUGGAGUUCACGAGCACGGAGGUGAGGAGUUUAAUCCGAGCCUUGUUCCAGAACACAGAGAGAAGAGCCCUGGCCAUGACCAAAAUCAAAUAAAGCUGUGGGGGAGGAAACCAGCACCAACGAGGCCCAAAUACUUCUUUGGGAAUUUCACCUUUGUUUCCCUUCUCUGUCUCAUGUUUGCACACGAGGCAGCAACAUUCUGCACCGAAGAAAGGCAAUUUGUAAGGUGGAGGGCUAAACUGGGCCAUACAAGAAAAUAAAUUGCGAUGCACAACUUUACCGUAUUUUAUAUUAAUAUGUAAAAUGUUCCUUUUUUUCAGUAGAAUUGCAGGCUGUACUGAACAUAGCUCAUCGUCUCAAGGUUCAACCCCCUUAAUUUAAUGUAUAACUAUAAUAGAUUUACCUCAAACAGCAUUCAAGUUUUAAUCAUUAUGAAACUGUUGGUUUCAGGUUUGCUCAUUCUAUAUUGAAGUAGUUUACAUCAUAAACUCUAAUUUUCAGUGAAAAAUCAGUCCACCCCCCCCCCCCAAACUAAAUGUUAAAUAAAAUGUUUGUCCACUUUUGUAUAAAUGAA